CUAAUAAACAGAAAAACAGCUGGUUGAAAGCUGUGAUCUCCAAUGCAUUCCUAGUUCUCAUUUGUAGAAAAUGAGAAUGCCUGGUAUUUGUUAUUCAUCCUUUUUUAGAUGUAAUGUAAUGAAUUCAAUUCAUUUUCAACAAUAAUGCUACAACUUAACUAUGUUUCCCAAUAAAUAUAUUAAACAUCAGCAUGACUCACAUUUUAGUUAUUGAUAGGAAAAAUAUAUUAUUAUUUAGGUGAGGAACUGACGAACCUCUGAAUAAACAAUUAUGGAAGAAUUCGAGUCCUAUUUUGAUACUUUGAAUUUCCACUUCACUAGUUGGAAUGAUAUUUUAGAAAAUGAAAACAUUGAUAUCGGAAGCAAUAAUGUUGAUAUGGUGGAACAAAACGUUCAGUUGCUACCUCGACAAGAUGUUUCUCUAUAUGGAAUAAUUCCCAAAAUGGAGAAGAGAUCAUUUAGUACUUGUAAAGAUUGUAAACAUGUAUUCAAUCCUAAAGAUGUAUUACUGCAUAAGAAUUGCACUGUAAGAAUAAAAUCUCAACAUACUCCACAUUUCAAGAAAAAAGUCAAGUCGAAAAAGAAGUCACCUCUGCCGCUUCCACCUUUAUUUCCUACCGGCCUAGAAGGUGUGUCGCCCCUAGGAGAAUUGAAUACAACAGAGAUACGGCAGAAUUCCAUAUUUAUUGUCAAUGUGAACGAGUUGCCACCAAUAGAUGCCGCUGCAAGCCCUAUGUCAGCAAAACCCUCCCAACUGGUGGAGGAUGUAGGAAAUAUACCGUUACCACCUACACAUAAUACAUCAUUGAACGAAUCAUCUACUCUUGACAAGACAACAGCAAAUUCCCAGGACCAAACAAGCAGUAAAACCUUAAGUCACACAAAUUCAAAUUCCCACACAAGUAGUUCCAAAUGUAAGAGAAAGAAAUAUUCAAAAUCACACAAAGAAUCGGACCCAAAAUCACACACAGGCCCCCCAAUCGAAGAUAAUAAAAAUCAACAAAUGCGAAGUAUUAAGUAUUCUAAUCAUACCAGUGUUAAUGAAGCUCUCGUCCUCAACAACAAAACUGUGAACGUAGAUUGUGAUUACUUUACUCAGGAAAACUCCCAAGAAAUUCCAGUCCCAGUAGUAUUUAUGCCAAUGAGUCCCGUAGCUGCUUUAUCGCCUCUACAGAUCAUCAAAGAAGAUUUGGUAUGUGUGGAUACUCCCGAGGAACCUAUAACCCCAACUGAAUGUUCACACCAACUCUACCUCACCAUCCCUGAACAAUUGACUGUUAAAAUGUAUAAAACUAGACCGAAAUUAGGAUCAUAUCCUUCAUAUGGUGCUCGUAAUAUAGGUGGAGCUAUUGUCAUUUCUAAGCAAAAGUUAAUCAAUCAGCGGAAAGAUAUCUUAUCCGCUAUAAAUUCUCAACACAUAGCGAAUGAUAUAUUGUCUAAUUACAACAAAUCAUUUGCUCAUCGUAUUAAUGUUAUAAAGACUAAGAACAACAAAAUUAACUUUAGGAAAUCCUCAUGUGACAAGAGUCAAAAUAAUGACAUAAAACAUCUAAGACUCUCUCCUGACGUGAAUGGCUUCAUUAUCCAUACAGACGUUUCUGAUGGUAAUGAAGAACAGCAGAAUACCAUUCACAAUGGAAAAUUAUCGAUGAUGAACAUUAAGUGACAUUUACCAUUUUCUGUUCCAUCUUGCGUUAUUCUUUGAUUUCAGUGAGUGGUGAACAAAUUUACGUUGUUACGAAUCCUUCUAGAAAGCCAAAGAUCUUAAUUUGGAGCUUUUAAAGCUGGCAGGCACAAAGCUUGAAAACAAACCCAAUCAAUCGAUUUUUACAGCUUUGUUUGAGAGUUUUUUUUAUUUUUAGCGAAUAUGGAUUAUUUAUUGAAUUCGGUUUUUUUUUAUCCUUUUUUUGAUGAUAUUAGUUGUCUUGAUUCAGUAUUCUUCCUCAAAUAUAUUUUUUCUAUUAUUC